AUGGCGCGGCCUCACGAAGACUACCCUUCUGUCACCAAGAGGGCCCGAGUGACAAGCAGGCUAUCACGCUCUUACACUCAUAGCGCAGCCCGCUUGGGGCUUUCGACUGCCCGCUUCACUGUGUAUGGGCUCAUUCUACUCUCGAUCUUUACCACAACUUUACUUGUCCGCAGCGCUUCGUCGAGAGAUCCAGGCUCUUGGUUCUUCAAUCCUUCCUCGGGGUACAGUCAACGAUACAGCGCUUUUCGCCAACAACAAGCUGAACGAUUUGUUGAAGCUGCUGUCGAAACACCGCCUUAUCGAAAAAGCAACCCGGCCACAGGACUCUGUGUCGGCAUCCCAUCGGUCGCCCGCGAUGGCGCCCGUUAUUUACGUACUACGGUGGGCUCGCUACUGGCAGGAUUGUCACAAGAAGAAAGAGCUGGAAUGUACUUGAUGGUCUUCUUGCCUCAUAGCGAUCCCAAUAUUCAUCCCGCCUUCCAGGAAGCUUGGCUUUCGAACCUUGUGGACGAGAUAGUACUAUACAAUGUCUCGAACCAGGAGAUGGAGUACAUCGAGUCUCUCGAGCUCAAAGAUGUAGAGCAUCGAACCAAGGGCUUAUACGACUACAAUUACCUGAUGAAGGCGUGCCAUGCGAAGAACACACCAUACAUUGCAUUGCUCGAGGACGAUGUCGUCGCCAUGGACGGCUGGUACCAUCGUACCGUGUACGGAAUUCACCAAGCAGAGACGCGAUCAAGACAGAUGAAACCGUCGCGCGACUUUCUGUAUCUGAGAAUGUUCUACACUGAAGAGUUCCUAGGAUGGAAUAACGAGAACUGGCCCACUUAUGCCUUUUGGUCGGUCUUAUUCAUCUCUGGGUCUAUCUGCCUGGUCUUCGGGCUCCCCAUGGCAUAUCAGUACCCCAAGCGGCUUCUCACCCCGCGCUUGUCCCUUGCGAUCGUCACUUUGAUAGUCCCCUGGGCUGUCGUGAUGGUAUUUGCUGCCGGCAAGGCCACGGUACUACCUCUUCCUGAGGGCAUCAACGAGAUGAACAACUUCGGCUGCUGCGCCCAAGGUCUGGUUUUCCCUCGCCACAAAGCCCUCGACCUCAUUGAGUGGUUCACAACAUCCCGGGUCGGGUUCGCUGACAUGUUGAUCGAGCAAUACGCUAACGAGCACGGAGAACAGCGUUGGGCUCUAACUCCAAGUAUCAUUCAGCACAUCGGUAGUAAAAGCUCCAAGCCUGACGACUUUGGGCAUGGCGCGAAGUUUUCCAAACCGGUGUCUGCGACCAUAUGGAACUUUGCUUUUGAGAUAUUUGUACCGGAGGUGUUACGCAACGAACACAAACUAGCUGGGAUUGAUGCUGUGACGCUAGGGCGUUCCACCGCGGGAGCUUAG